AUGGGCGAUAUCAUUCCUCAAUCCAUUCCUCGUGCUUCUCGAGCGUGGGCAGUCCCAGGCUCAACCAACAUCAUCCCAGCCAAAUUCCCCUCUGCCUCACCCAAACCCACAACUUCCGACCCGCAAGAAAUUGCCACCAGCGUAGUCAACGCGUUCAACAAGGCCCUACAGAGCAAAGACUACCCCGCUCUAUCGCAACUCUUCGCCGAAGACGGUUUCUGGCGAGAUCAUCUUGCGCUCACUUGGUCCUUUAGAACAGUCCAAGGACCAGAUAAUAUUUUAUCUUUUUUGAAGCAAUCUUCUCAAUCAAAAAAUGGGUUUCGCUUGGCCAAAAUCGGUCUCGAUACCAGCUCCGCAGUGCGAAAGCCUCAAUCCAUCCCUAUCGAUGGCAAGGGUGAAGUACAAGGUGUUCAAUUUUUCUUCACUCUUGAUACCGUUCUAGGUACGGGACUGGGUCUUGCGCGAUUGGUGGAGGUCAAUGGCCAGUGGAAGAUCUUUACUUUCUACACACGCAUCAAUGAUCUCAAAGGUCAUGAAGAAACUGUCAACGACCAUCGACCUCGUGGCGUUGAGCAUGGCGGUAUGCCUGGCCGAAAGAACUGGGCUCAGCGAAGAGCUGAAACUUCCGAGUUCACCAAAGAUGACCCAGCUGUCCUGAUCGUUGGUGCUGGCCAGGCCGGUCUCACUGCUGCUGCCCGACUUAAGAUGCUAGGCGUAGAAGCUUUGGCAAUCGACCAGAACGACCGUGUAGGUGACAAUUGGCGAAAGAGAUAUCACCAACUCGUCCUUCACGACCCGGUCUGGUAUGACCACAUGCCUUACCUUCAAUUCCCACCUCAAUGGCCUAUCUUCACGCCAAAGGACAAAUUGGCUCAGUUCUUUGAGGCAUAUGCUACCCUUCUUGAACUCAACAUCUGGAUGAAGACAUCUCUCAUCGACACUAAGUGGGAUGAGGCUUCCAAGACUUGGACUGUCACUGUUGAGAGGAAGAAGGAUGAUGGUACCACUGAGAAGCGAACGUUUCACCCUCGCCAUAUCAUCCAGGCUACUGGUCACUCUGGAAAGAAGAACAUGCCUGAUAUGAGGGGCAUCUCCGACUUCAAGGGCGAUCGUCUUUGCCAUUCCUCCGAGUUUUCUGGUGCAAAGGAGAACAGUCAGGGCAAGAAGGCCAUCGUUGUAGGCUCUUGCAACUCAGGACACGACAUUGCUCAGGAUUUCCUCGAGAAGGGCUACGAUGUAACAAUGGUCCAACGGUCCACCACUCACGUUGUUUCCUCAAAGGCAAUCACCGAUAUUGGACUCAAGGGUGUCUACAGCGAAGAUGGUCCUCCCGUUGACGAUGCCGAUCUCCUCAUUCACGGACUUCCCAUCCCAGUCUUCAAAGCACUUGCUGUUGAAACCACCAAGAAGCAAGCCGAAUGUGACAAAGCCAUCCUAGACGGCCUCGACCGCGCCGGCUUCAAGGUUGACCGCGGCCCAGACGGUGCAGGACUCUUGAUGAAGUACUUCCAGCGCGGAGGAGGUUACUACAUCGAUGUCGGCGCAUCGCAGCUCAUUGCCGACGGCAAGAUCAAGGUGAAGCACGGACAGGAAAUUGAGACUGUUCUCCCCAAUGGUCUUCGAUUUGCUGAUGGCACAGAGCUCGAGGCUGAUGAGAUUGUAUUCGCCACGGGAUACCAAAACAUGCGAACGCAGUCGAGGACCAUGUUUGGCGAUGCUGUUGCCGACAAGGUCAACGAUGUCUGGGGUUUCAACGAGGAGGGUGAGAUGAGAACUAUCUGGCAGAAGAGUGGACUACCUGGAUUCUGGUUCCAUGGUGGCAACUUGGCUAUGUGUCGGUAUUACUCUAAGCUAUUGGCUUUGCAGAUUAAGGGAUUGGAAGCAGGAUUGUAUACUUAUGACGAUAUUUGA